AUGACACCCAGAAAAGCAGAAGAGGACUUCAAAAUUCCUAAGAGUGUUCUUCAUCGGCACAUCAAGUUGGGGAAAAAUAUCAAGAAACAUGGUGGACAGACUGUUUUGUUUUCAGGUGAGGAGAAAAUUCUUGUACAAAGGCUCGUGCUGUGUGCCUCUUGGGGCUAUCCGAUGGACUCCUAUGAUGUGCGACUGAUCGUUAAAGGAUACAUGGAUCGCCGAGGUGUCGAUGUGAAAAGAUUCAAAGGGAAUAUGCCUGGUGUAGAUUGGGCUGAGUCAUUUCUAAUGAGACAUAAAGACAAUUUAAGAGAACGAAUAAGCCAAAAUAUCAAUCGAGCACAAGCCACCGUCUCUCAACCUACAAUAAACUCGUAUUUCAACAAUUUAGCUGAGAGCUUAGAUGGUACACAUGCACCAAAUAUUGUGAACUACGAUGAAACAAACCUAACGGACGACCCGGGACGAAAAGAAGUCAUCACCAAACGAGGUACAAAAUAUCCAGAAAUAUCCACCUCUAAAGUAUCUACUUCUUUGAUAUACGCCGCCGCGGCUGAUGGUAUUCUUAUCCCUCCUUACAUUGUGUACAAGGCUGUUAACCUGUACGACACAUGGACAUUCGGUGGGCCAAAUGGUGCCCGAUACAACAGAAGUAAGUCGGGCUGGUUUGAUCUUCAAAGUUUCAGUGACUGGUUUACAACCAUAGCCUUACCUUAUCUGAAAAAACUGGCAGGAAAACAAGUUUUGAUUGGCGACACUCUAAAUUCACAUUUGUCCUUAGAAGUGAUAAAAACCUGUAAGGAGAACGAUAUAUCCUUCAUAUUUCUGCCACUAAAUUCGACACAGCUUUUUUAA